AACUGCUGGCUUGGAAGCUCCAUGCAAAGUUUCACUUGAAUAAUGUCUUGAAAAUGCAACGAAGUUUCUUAUUUGGUCUCCAGAUUGUCAUGAUAUUGAAGGGGCCUUUUGUUCCGAUUAGAAAAAAGAUAAACUAUCGAGAAAAACACACAAAGGAGUCUAUCAGGAAGAAUAUAGCGAAAAGAUUGCAAUUAAGUCUGAAUUCGUUUGUUUUUCAGUUUGUGCGGGCUCGUAAUAUUCCUGUGAUUUAUCUACAGGAUGUGAUCGAAGUACAAGAAGUUGCAAUCAAUCCGAUUUCAAAGAUAUUGUUGGCUAGUAGUUUAAAAGCAGCUAUAUCACUGAUUGAAAAACCUGGUGGUGACCUAAUUGGAGCGUUCACAUUAAUCAAGCUUGCUUACCUAGAACCACGAAAACAUGUACCAGAAUAUAUCCCUAUUUAUUCUUUCAUCACUUUGACUGAAUAUUCACUAACAGAUUAUUCGUGUGAAUAA